AAAAAAUCAUUUUCCAAUUUUAUUUUUUUCCUUCUUAAUUUAGCAAAUUUAAAGGGUUUCUUGAUUAACCCUUUAAAUUUGAUUAAAGAAUCUCUAUUUACUACCCAAUUUGAUGAAAGAACCAAUUUUUACUGAUACCCUUUUGCUAUUUUGGAUUCUUGAAAUUAUUUUUAGUACUUUUUGCUAUUUUAUUUGCUGUUAUUUAGUCAAUUUUAUGUUUCAAAUGUUAAUUUUAUGAAUAAAGAACUAAUUUUUACUGAUACCAUUUUGCUAUUUUAGUCAAUUUUAUGAUUUAUGAUUCAAGAAUUGAUUUUGAUAAUGCCCUUUUGCUAUUUUUGAGUCUUGAAAUUGGUAUGGUACUUUUUGUUGUUUUAUUUGCUGUUAUUUAGUCAAUUUUACCAUUCAAGAAUUAAUUUUGAUAAUGCCCUUGUGCUAUUUUUGAUUCUUGAAAUUGUUAUGGUACUUUUUGCUGUUAUAUUUGCUGUUAUUUAGUCAAUUUUACCAUUCAAGAAUUAAUUUUGAUAAUGUCCUUUUGCUAUUUUUGAUUCUUGAAAUCGUUAUGGUACUUUUUGCUGUUUUAUUUGUUGUUAUUUAGUCAAUUUUACAUUCAAGAAUUAAUAUUUGCUAAUGUCCUUUUGUUAUUUUUGAUUCUUGAAAUUGUUUUUGGUAUUUGUUUUGUUUUCUUUGUUGUUGUUUAGUCAAUUUUAGCGUUUCAAAAACUACCGUUAAGUGUUCUUUUUGCAUAUUUAAUUGUUAGGGUAGUGUAGUUUUGUAGUCAUUUUCUUGGAAUGGAACCGAAUUCACCGGUGAGAUUUAAACUGGGUAAGCAAUCGUCGUUAGCACCAGAGAGGGAAGUGUUAGGAGGUGAAAGGGAGGAUGGUGAAGAUGGUGUUGAUAUUGAUCCACGAGUGAGGUUGAUGUAUUCGGCGAACGAGGGUGAUAUAGAAGGGAUAAAGGAGAUUUUGGAAUGUGGGACUGAUGUUAAUUUUAGAGACAUUGAUAAGAGGACUGCACUUCAUGUUGCUGCUUGUCAUGGUUCAAGUGAUGUUGUGCAGCUGUUGCUUGAUAAUGGAGCUGAAGGCGAUCCGAAAGAUCGGUGGGGAAGCACGGUGCUUAUUAAAAAAGAAGGCGUCAAGAAGAUGCAGUAGUGCAAAGGUAUAGAGAAAGCAAAAGACAUUUAGCUCCUUAACAGUAUAUCAAGAAUAGGUGAUUAGGUGAUUCAAGGCUAUUUUUGCACAUUUAACAGUUGCUAGCUAUCUGAAAGACCCUUGUGAUAAGGUUAUCUUCCAUAAGACAUGCUUCAUUUAAGGCAAUCCAGCUGAAGCAGAUAACCUUGGUGUUACUUUUGUACUCUAAUUUAGCUUCCAAGCUUCACUUCUUUUGAGCCAAGGGUCUAUCGUUAAUAACCUCUCUACCCGACAAAGGUAGGGUAAGGUCUACGUACAUCCUGCACUCUCCAAACCCCACUUGUGGGACUACACUGGGUAUGUUAUUGUCGUUGUUGUUGAUGAUGAUGUUAUUAGCUUCCAAGACCAAGAGUUAAUUAUCCCGUUCUGGAGCAUAGCUUGUUGUCGCACUACUUUAUAAUACUACUGUUUUUGUUUUUUCAGCACAGUAUGUGGCCUAACAUGGGAUUUAUCGUGUUACUUACAUAGAGAACUUUUGCCUUUCUCAUUUGCUGAAACUGGCUAUUGUCUCAAUUAUGUUCUACUUUGGUGAGUUUAAUUCUAUGUUACAACAUUAAUUAAUGUUUUAAAUGUAAAUAGGUUCUCUAAUAUUAUA